CUCUCUCUGCCUCUCCCUCUCUCUCUCCCUCUCCUCCCUUCUCUCCCUCUUCCUCUCUCUCUCCCCCUCCCUCCCUCUCCCUCUCUCUCUCCGCCUCCCUCUCUCCCUCCGCCUCCCGCUGCCGUGCUGCUCCUCCCCCCGGCACUGCAGCAAUUCCGACUGCAGCCCCGGCCGCCGCCCGCGUCUCUCCGGCCGCAGCAGCGCCCGCCGUCAGCACCAUGGCCAGCACCAUGUCCGCCUACAGGGAGAAGAUGAAGGAGCUGUCCGUGCUGUCCCUCAUCUGCUCCUGCUUCUCCCCGCAGCCGCACCCCAACACCAUCUACCAGUAUGGGGACAUGGAAGUGAAGCAGCUGGACAAGCGGGCCUCUGGCCAGAGCUUCGAGGUCAUCCUCAAGUCCCCUUCCGACCUGUCCCCUGAGAGCCCUGUGCUCUCCUCCCCCCCCAAGAGGAAGGACACCUCGCUGGAGGAGCUGCAGAAGCGGCUGGAGGCAGCCGAGGAGAGGCGGAAGACGCAGGAGGCGCAGGUGCUGAAGCAGCUGGCGGAGCGGCGCGAGCACCAGCGCGAGGUGCUGCACAAGGCGCAGGAGGAGAGCAGCAACUUCAGCCGCCUGGCGGGCGAGAAGCUCAACCACAAGAUGGAGCUCAGCAAGGAGAUCCGCGAGGCGCACCUGGCGGCGCUGCGAGAGCGCCUGCGCGAGAAGGAGCUGCACGCGGCCGAAGUGCGCAGGAACAAGGAGCAGCGUGAGGAGAUGUCUGGCUAAGCGGCUGCGGACGCGGGGCGCCGGACCCCGAGCCCGACGCCGGGGGCUGUGGUCACUGCCCCUCCCCCGCCCCCUCUCCCUGGCUUCCCUCUUCUCUGCCACACUCUGAGCUGUCCAGCCUCGUGGCGAGGCACUGACCACGCCACGCGGCAGCUGGGUGCCCUCUUGGUGAUCCUCAAUAAACAGUGGCCCGGG